AUGUAUUCGAAGACUUUCGCUAUCCUCGCUUUCGCGGCGGCCUAUUUCCCAACUGUUUUUGCUGCCGAUUGCACACUUGGUUGUAAAUAUUAUCAGGACGGCAAAUGGCACUAUGUGAGCAAAACCGCCAAUAUCGGCGACACAUUGUACAUUAUGGGUCACAGUACUACGAUCGGAAGAGGAUGCAAGCCCGCAACGACCACAUGGAGCGACGCAGAAAUCUAUUCUUGGUAA